GCCUCCAUCCCCGCCGGGCCGGGCGGAGCGAGGGGCCGGGCGAGGCGAGGGGAGGGCCGGGCGGCGGGCGCCGGGCCCCGCGGCCGGCACGACGGAGCCCCCGCACGGCCGGCCGCAGCGGUUGGCGGCGGCCCCGGGCCCCCGGCGCGGGAAGCGGCGGCGACGGGGCGGCGGCGGCGGCGACAUGGAGCCACGGGAGGUGAAGGACCGGAUCCUGGAGAACAUCUCACUGUCCGUGAAGAAGCUGCAGAGCUACCUGGCUGCGUGUGAAGAUGAGACCCCUGCCAUCCGGAACCAUGACAGGGUCCUGCAGCGUCUGUGCGAGCACUUGGACCACGCCCUGCUGUACGGCCUGCAGGACCUCUCCUCUGGCUACUGGGUGCUGGUGGUGCAUUUCACCCGGAGAGAGGCCGUCAGGCAGAUCGAGGUGCUGCAGCACGUGGCCACCAACCUGGGGCGCAGCCGGGCCUGGCUGUACUUGGCCCUCAACGAGAACUCCCUGGAGAGCUACCUGCGGCUGUUCCAGGAGAACCUGGGCCUGCUGCACAAGUACUACGUCAAGAAUGCCCUGGUCUGCAGCCACGAUCACCUGACUCUCUUCUUGACCUUGGUGUCUGGGCUGGAGUUCAUUCGAUUCGACCUGGAUCUGGACGCCCCCUAUUUAGACUUGGCCCCCUACAUGCCCGACUACUACAAACCUCAGUACCUGCUGGACUUUGAAGACCGCCUUCCCAGCUCGGUCCACGGCUCGGACAGCCUGUCCCUCAACUCCUUCAACUCCGUCACCUCCACCAACCUGGAGUGGGACGACAGUGCGAUCGCCCCGUCCAGUGAGGAUUAUGAUUUUGGAGAUGUGUUUCCAGCAGUGCCGUCUGUACCCAGCACAGACUGGGAAGAUGGCGACCUCACCGACACUGUCAGUGGCCCCCGCUCCACCGCCUCGGACCUGACCAGCAGCAAAGCUUCUGCCAGGAGUCCCACCCAGCGCCACAACCCCUUCAGUGAGGACCAGGCAGAGCCCAUCUCCUCCUCUGACACCACCCCCGUGCAUACCACCUUCCAGGAGAAGGUGGAGUCCCGCACCCCAGAACCGCCGGACGCCUGCGCGGAGCUCGAGGUCAUCAGGGUCACGAAGAAAAAGAAAACUGGCAAGAAGAAGAAGGCCAGGUCAGAUGAGGAAGCAAGCCCCCUUCACCCGGCCUCUGCCCAGCACACCGGGGCCAGGACGGGGGAUGGCGACAGCUGUGUCAGCAGCCCAGGCCUUGGGCGGGGCUCACCGGAGCCCCCCUUUGCCUCCCUCCAGGAGAAGGGUGAGGCGCCCGGCAGCGCAGCUGAAAGCGGCGAGCGCUCAGAGCCCAGCCAGAUGGGCCUGCUCAUCCCCGAAAUGAAGGACACCUCCAUGGAGCGCUUGGGGCAGCCUCUGAGUAAGGUCAUCGACCAGCUCAACGGGCAGCUGGACCCUCGCACCUGGUGCGUCGAGCCCCCAGACCAGUCCUUUCGGACCGGCUCUCCGGGGGCCACCCCGGAGAGGCCACCAUUUUGUGACUUUAGUGAGGGGCUUGCAGCCCCAAUGGACUUCUACCGCUUUACCGUCGAGAGUCCAGGCACUGUUACAUCAGGUGGCGGCCACCAUGACACUGCAGGGCCUGGCCAACCGCUGCAUGUUCCUGGUGGCCCUGAGGCUGCUGGCCAAGAAGAAGGAGGAGGAGGAGAGGGAGAGGCGCCUCGGCCGCUAGGGGACACCCUGGGGGAGGCUCAGGAGCCAGAGACCCAGGAACCAGAGACCCAGGAACCAGAGACCCAGUCGCCCCCGGUCGGGGAGGGGCCUGGGCCUGAGCCGGAGCCUGGGACCCAGGAGGCUCUUUGCCCACUCAAACGAGACCAGCCCAGCCCGUGUCCGAGCAGCGCUGAGGACUCUGGGGUGGAUGAGGGGCAGGGGAGCCCCUCUGAAAUGUCCCACUCGGCAGAGUUCAGAGUAGACAACAACCACUUACUCUUGCUGAUGAUCCAUGUGUUUCGGGAAAACGAAGAGCAGCUCUUCAAAAUGGUCCGGAUGAGCACGGGGCACAUGGAGGGCACCCUGCAGCUGCUGUACGUGCUGCUCACGGACUGCUACGUGUACCUGCUCCGGAAAGGGGCCACCGAAAAGCCGUACCUGGUGGAAGAGGCUGUUUCCUACAAUGAACUGGACUAUGUGUCGGUGGGCCUGGACCAGCAGACGGUGAAGCUGGUGUGCACCAAUCGCAGGAAGCAGUUUCUGCUGGACACGGCUGAUGUGGCCCUGGCUGAGUUCUUCUUGGCUUCUUUGAAGUCGGCUAUGAUCAAGGGCUGUCGGGAGCCGCCCUACCCCAGCAUCCUGACAGAUGCCACCAUGGAGAAGCUGGCGCUGGCCAAAUUCGUGGCCCAGGAAUCUAAGUGCGAGGCGACUGCCGUUACUGUGCGCUUCUACGGGCUCGUGCACUGGGAGGACCCCAUGGAUGAGUCCCUGGGCCCUGCCCCCUGCCACUGCUCACCGCCCGAGGGCGCCAUCACCAAGGAAGGCGUGCUGCAUUACAAGGCGGGCACCUCCUACCUGGGCAAGGAGCACUGGAAGACCUGCUUCGUGGUGCUCAGCAACGGGAUCCUCUACCAGUACCCCGACCGCACCGACGUCACCCCCCUGCUCUCGGUGAACAUGGGGGGGGAGCAGUGCGGUGGCUGUCGGAGGUCCAACACCACGGAUCGGCCCCACGCCUUCCAGGUCAUCCUUGCAGACCGGCCCUGCCUGGAGCUGAGCGCCGAGAGCGAGGCUGAGAUGGCCGACUGGAUGCAGCACCUCUGCCAGGCCGUGUCCAAGGGGGUCAUCCCCCAGGGGGUGUCCCCCAGUCCCUGCAUCCCCUGCUGCCUGGUGAUCACCGAUGACCGCCUUUUCACAUGCCAUGAGGAUUGCCAGACCAGCUUCUUCCGCUCCCUGGGCACAGCCGAGCUGGCCGACAUCAGCGCCAUCUGCACAGAACCGGGCAGGGAGUACUGUGUCUUGGAGUUCUCCCGGGACAGCCAGCAGCCCCUCCCACCCUGGGUCAUCUACUUGAGCUGCACAUCUGAACUGGACCGAUUCCUGUCUGCACUGAACUCUGGGUGGAGAACCAUCUACCAGGUGGACCUCCCCCACAAGGCCAUCCAGGAAGCCUCCAGCAAGAAGUUCGAGGAUGCCCUGAGCCUCAUCCACAGCGCGUGGCAGCGCAGCGACAGCCUGUGCCGCGGCAGAGCCUCCCGGGACCCCUGGUGCUGAGGUGGAGCUGCUGGAGUCCCGGGGCAGCACCGGGAGGCACGGAGCAGUGUGCACUGUGCACUCUCGUCACUGUCACCGUGUCAGCGUGCGGCUCGGGGCCGGGCUUCUGCCCGCCCCUCAGUCGGCUCCCACCCUGGGCCGCAGAAGCAACAAAUGGAGCUUGAGACAGGGUCUGCCUUCUCCCAGGGGUCCCAAGGGGAUGCUCAACAGCCCUGGGCACCCUGCCCAGCAGGUGGGCGCUGGAAAGUGCCGGGGGCAGAGGGUCUGAGCCCCAUGGGCUCUGUGGGUAUACGGCCGCCUCCCCAGGGCCCUGGCCUUAGCCCACUCCAUCUCUUCAGGAUGACGAUGAGAAUAAUACUAACUCUGAGGGGAGCAGAAGGGCAGGGAGGGCAGGAGUCCCUUCUUCCUCCCCUGGGCCAGGGGCCCGCACCAAGGCUCAGGCUGCCCCGGGGGCCCAGAGCGCCCGGCCGUCCUUGUUCGUGGUCGGGCAUCGACCUGGUAGUGCAGGGAAGCUGGAACACGGAGAUCUUAGUGCAUGUCUUCUCCCGGCUGGCUCCAUCCCCUGGUGCGCUGCUGCCUGCCUGCCGGGCCGGAGCCGGCCGCACUGGCCCUCCCUGGCUUCAGGAGGCCCUGCAUGCCCGUGGUCCCUGCCCUGCCUCCCCUGAACUUGGUAGUGCCCGAGGACCCAGGAGUCAGGCGUCUCCGUUCCCCUGGAGCAACGGCGAGGGAGAGGGCUUGGGGAGGAGCCGAGGGCACUGGCCUGGCGUCCGCGUCAGGGCCUUCUCGCUGUCCCCUGCUUGGCUAGAGCCAGGCCCUUCUCAAGAGCUUUCUCAAGGGCCCUCUGGGGGAAGGAGUCAGGUGGUCUGGGUUUUGUUUUUUAAAAUAAAAAGAUCUGUUAUAUUGCCAAGAAUUGUCACUGGCCCU